AUAUUCUUAUCUAUACAUCAGGGAAUUUUUAUUUUCUCCUUUCUCCGUCUAGCGACGUCUCUCUUACACAUUAUAUAUUCCAGUCUAAGAAAAAUUAAAUUUCUAUAAUUUAUCGCGCAUGCGCGUGUACUUGGUAUACACAGCUACAUAAUACUCGAUAUAUAUUACUCAUUUUCGUACGUAUUGAUUGUAUUUGAAAGCGACGCAAUAGUUAAUCUUUUUCCAAGAAGAAAAUAUUAUCUAUUAUAUAUUAAAAAAAUCAUCAAUAAGUCGAUUACAUCCGGUUAUCAAGUGACUGCAUUGAUUACGAGUUUCUGAAUCAUUUCGGAACGCGGCGGUUAUUCGUCCGCACUGCGCAUGCGUGCUCGUCGAUCUGCGCGCAAGUGUCCCAUCUCGAUUACCGAGUACUCGAAGAUUCCCGCAUCGAGGGGAUGAGUCUUCUUGGUUCGAAUGAUUUACUCGUUUGUUCCACGUACGAAGAAGUGCGAAAUACUCGUGGCCGAGGCGUCGAUACCAAGAGAGAAUCCCAGCCGUCGCCGCGCACGAUUGUGAAACGGUCUCGCGCGCGCACCUCGUCUACCGAUAAUGUUCAAGAGUAUCCGCGAUACGCGAGCUGCGACGUCGUGCGUUUAGUGGACGAGGCAGGGAAAAUCGUAGUGCGCGACGGCACGGCGACGACGGCGACGGUAAAUGGUCGACGUGUUGCGCGGACCGAGGUAUGAUGUAAAUAAAUACGCGUAAGUGCGCAAUCGGUCGCGAUAGUCUCCGCACGGCUCGUCGCGUCUCUCGAGAUCCCGCCGAGGGACGCUGGUCCGAAGCAAGAAACUGCGUGGUAUAUCGACGUGAACCGUUACUCGCACACACGCACGGACCAAGGCUCGCGAGAGAUUCGAUUUUUUCCAACGCGCGCUCACGCUCUUGCGUGCGUUCUCGGUGCAGUCUGCUCUCUUUCUCUCUCUCUCUCUCUCUCUCUCGUUCUCUCUCUCUUUCUCUCUUUCUCUCUCUCUCAAUCGUGGGACUUCCUGCCUUUCUCGCGCAGCGAGGGUAAGCCACCAGCCGAUCAUCAUCCAGUGUUUUGUUUCUCGCGCGAGCGAGCGCGACAGUACGAUGUUUCGCGCGUUGUGUGCUUCGUGAGAAUCGAAGAAUUUUCGCGGUUCCUCUCGUCGACCCUCGGCUCGACACGAGCGCGCGUAGAAGGCGAGAAGAAGGGAAGCUCGUAGCCAGGAACACUUGCGACGAUCCGAGUCCACGAGCGUUCGACGAACGCGCGCGGGGAACGCCAGCGAACGUUCUCCCCUUCGUAGAUCGCACGCGGACGGUAACGCAGGAUGGCAUCGUCCACGGUGGCCGUGCCGUCCGGGGCUGCUACGGUACCUCCGACGACGAGCGGCGGCAUCACCAGCGGCACGGAGGAGAUCGACGGCAGUGAUAUGUUCGGCGAACGUAACGUCAACUCGGUCGGCGGUUACAACAACAGCAUCAACCCCGGCGACGCUCUGGAGGAGAUAACGUGCGGCAACGGCGAAGCCAGCGAUCAGGGUUGUACGCUGUGCUUGAGCAAGUUGUGCUCACCCAGAGUGCUCUCUUGUCUUCACGUAUUCUGUGAGGCAUGUCUGGAUAAGCUCCUCAUGGACGAAGCUGGGGACUCCAAAGUUGGCUCUGUCAUAGUUUGUCCUAUAUGCCAUCAAGAAACUUCCGUUAGUUCUAAGGGUGCCGCAUCGCUCACAUGCGACUAUGUUCUCACCAAUAUAUUGGACAUGUCCGCUAUUGAAAAUAUGGCAGUACUAUGUACCUCCUGCAAGGCCAAAGAGAGCGCCGUGGCGCGUUGUUCGGAUUGCGCCAAUUUUCUGUGCCCAAAUUGCAACACAGCGCAUCAGUUCAUGCGUUGUUUCGAAAACCAUAAAGUAGUUGCCUUUGAAGAUUUGAAGCAAUCCAACGAAGCUAUACCGAUACACAAACCAAUAUUUUGUGAAUAUCAUUCUGCUGAAAAUAUGAAGUUCUACUGUCACACGUGCCAGGAACCCAUCUGCAAUGAGUGUUUGCUCGUGGAGCAUAAAGCACCGGAACAUCAGUAUGAACGGCUAACGGAUGCAGAACCACAUCAGAAAGAGGAAUUGGUUAACCUAAUGACUGAAAGUAAAGCAAAAAUUACUGAGUGUGAUCAGGUGUCAGUACAAUUGGAAAACGCUCUUAGUGAGUUGCAAGUACAACAUGACCAAGCGAAAGAUCUAAUUACGGAGACUUUUCAAAGUUACAAAGCGAUAUUGGAAAAAUGUAAGGAUAACGCGUUAAACGACCUUGAGAAGUUGCAUUCGGACAGGGAACUUGAGAUAAUGGAUACUUUUCACAGCGUUGAAAAGAAUGUAGAGAAAAUAGAGGAUGCUUGCCGUUUUACUUCGAGGCUCCUAGAACACGGUGAUGUGGUGGAAAUCUUAGCCCUUCGCCGUAUUGUAGGAGUGCAGUUGAUGAAUUUAAUAAAGAAUACACCAAAACAUAAUGUAACGUUCUCGAUCGAAUUUCAAACCGACUACAACGUGUUUGAAAAAACUGUGAAGGAGGUGUUUGGAAAAUUUCACACCGAAAGUACACCAGAAGUGAAGACUCUUCCUGAGCCAAUCUCGACGGUAUCGGGUGUCUCUACGAAUCAGCAACUGGUUCAUACUACCUCAAUGGGUUGUCCGAGUACUAUCAGCACAAGUUCCCCCAUCUCACUUCCUACAUCAAUGCAAUCUUCUUUCGAAGGUGAACCUUCGUUUGUCAUACCACCAACCUCGAGUCCUCAAAAUAUCCCACCUCCACCACCCGUGCCUCUUCCACCAGGUACGGUCCCUCCUAUCCACGGACUGACUAGCAUUCAAGAGUACAAUCUACAACAAUUGGCCAGUUUAGCGGAGAAGGUAGAGAUGGUGGGCGACACUGGUGUAGUUGGACCUAGCUCGAACCCUAGUCCAACUCCGUCCUUUACUUUGGCAGAUUUAUUUGCUGGGGACCUAAGUUCAACGAGCCAUGCCAUUAAUAACUUACAAGCUCUCGCUAAAUUAGGCAAUACUCUUGGUAAUCAAGAUCUGGGAAAUGCCACUAUCAACGGUAGUGGUGGAUUAGUAUUGGGUCGUGGGCCUUCACCAGCCAUUGUGGAUACCCCGAAUCUGGGUCCUUUGGCUGCUAAUAGUCUACUGAAUGGAGGAUUUCAAUCAUUAUCCUCUUCCACUUCGCCGAUACUUUCACAGGGUGCUGAUGACUUAAUAGGUGAUUCUAUGCAUAACAUGCCUGUAGGAAAUACUGUUGCCAAUGUAACUGGAUCCGGGACAGGAAAUUAUCCUGCUCACCCGAGAUCCCAAAAUACAAAAUUGACGCCUAUGCAUAUCCGAAGUAAGUUUGGACAAUUAGGACCCAGUAAAGGGCAGUUUAACUCUCCUCAUGGAUUUUGUUUGGGAACCGAUGAGGACAUUAUCGUCGCAGAUACAAAUAAUCAUAGAAUUCAGAUUUUUGAUAAGACUGGUACCUUCAAAUUUCAAUUUGGCGUUCCUGGUAAAGAGGAGGGACAAUUGUGGUAUCCCAGGAAAGUAGCUGUUAUGAGAAAUAACGGCAAAUUUGUUGUAUGUGAUCGUGGAAACGAAAGAUCCCGAAUGCAAAUAUUUACGAAGAACGGUCACUUUAUAAAGAAGAUUGCUAUUCGUUACAUCGAUAUAGUAGCUGGCCUAGCUGUUACCAGCCAGGGACAUAUCGUGGCUGUUGACAGCGUGUCGCCAACUGUGUUCGUAAUUAGCGAUACGGGAGAUCUUUUGAGGUGGUUUGAUUGCAGUGACUACAUGAGAGAACCGAGUGAUAUCGCCAUCAGUGGAAAGGAAUAUUUUGUUUGCGACUUCAAAGGACAUUGUGUGGUGGUGUUCAACGAAGAGGGUAAAUUUCUGCGUCGCAUUGGCUGUGAGAAUGUAACAAACUUCCCAAACGGGAUUGAUAUUAGCGACGCAGGAGAUGUAUUAAUUGGAGAUUCACAUGGUAAUCGUUUCCAUGUAGCUGUUUUCUCCAGAGCUGGGUCUUUAAUUUCAGAAUUUGAAUGUCCAUACGUAAAGGUGUCUCGAUGUUGUGGCUUAAAGAUCACUUCGGAAGGAUAUAUUGUAACGCUGGCCAAAAACAACCAUCAUGUUCUCGUAUUGAACACUCUUUAUAUAUUGUGAAGUGGAAUCAGAUGUGUAAGUAUGUUGUAACUUCCUCCUGCAAGUGGAAACUUCUUUGGAAACUGCUCUCAACGAAAGAUGGAAAAGGCAUGCCCAAGGCAUUAUGUUCGAAUUUUGGGCCUAUUGAAGCAAUAGAAACAAGUGCAGCAUGCAGCUUUAAUAGUUGUAAAAAUAUAAUGCGUCCCUGUUUUAUGAAAGUAACAAUGUUGAAAAAAAAAAAGCAGAAAGGUAAUGUACGUUUCCGACCAAACAGUAUAAUAGUAAUUUAGCAACUUGCAUUUUGGUAAACUGCCAAAGUAAAUUAAAUUAACUAAGUGGAACCAGAGUUAAAGAAGCAGUAAGCUAUAUAUCGACCGAAGCCAGUUGGGUCGCUUGUAGAGAAAGCAAUUUACAAUGGCCUUCCGUCAAAAAUUGGUUGUCGUACAUCAUUUUUGACAUGUCAGUAUUUUAAGUAUGUUUAUAAAUCAAAUUAUUCUAGUCUCCGACGAGCACUUUACGCGCUGAUUUCAAUUUGUGCUCGAAACAAGACGUUCUCGUCUUGAUUUUUAUUAAUCUGACAAGGAUAUUUGUCUUCUUAGUCCUAACUGAUGCUUCAAGAUGCAUAUAUAAGUACACAGAUUACAUUUUAGAAAGUUUUCCUUUGAGAACUUUAGAUAACUAAUAAGCAGGAUAAAUUUCACGAUAAAAAGGAUCAAAAUUUUCCGCUUGACAGAAAAAAAAAGAGAAAAAAAAAGCGUUGCAUGCUGCGAGGUAGUUGUACGUAGUACUUCCUGCUCUUUUAUCAUAUCGUAUUUCUAAAGAAGAGAAUAAAACGAUACUCCUCAUUGCAGCAGGCACGAAGCUUAAAGCAAGAGCUAUGUUCCUGAUUUUCUUUCUGCGCGUUUGAAAAUGAUAGUUGAGAACGUAAUAUAAAAACGACGUUAAUGUGCAAGGAAUAGAUUAUGGUAUGUUGAAAAUCAAACAUUUAAUAUCGUAUAUAAGAAGUGUCGAACAAAAGAUACUUUGAACGUAAAAAAAAGGUGAAAUAAUUAUUUACACUUACGGAAAAAAUCGAGUAGAUCCCAUUUGUGCAUUGUUAAAAUUAGACGAGACACAUAAUGGUUACAAUAUUUACUCAGGAUGCUUUAUUAUGGUCCACCAUAUGAAUAUGAUAUAUAUAUAUGCGUGUGUGAAUUAUUGGUUCGUGGUGCUAGUGAAUAAUGUAUCCAUACCAUGUAAAUGUAUUUGUUAUGAAAUUACGGGAAUCGUUCCCGCGCAUUUUUACAAUGCAAGGGAACGAUUUUUGUGUAAUAUAUUAUAUAAGAUUCGUAAGUACAUAUACCACCGGUAUCAUAGGGACGAUACAUUAUCUAUGUAAAAAAAUAACGUACAGUUUGCUAAACAACCUCUAUUUAUGUAUAUAUCAACAUGAUCCAUGAGAGAAAAAGGAAAAACCACAUGAAACACAUACAUAUAUAUAGAAAUACACAUAUUUUUUAGGGUUGUUUACAUGAUCAGCCUUAAGAUUUGAUUGAACUAAAAUGCAAUGUGUAUACAACAUGUAUAUCGGAUAUUUGGCAGAUUGCUACACUGUGUUACCUUACAUUAUCUACAAUGACGUUUCAUUACAAAUACUAUCUUGCCAUACCAAAUGCUAGGUAGCACACAUUCGUAUAUACAUAUAUACAUAUAUAUAUAUUUAUACUUGACUAUAGCUUUAUCGGAUUCGUUUGCAUAUAGGAAAUUAUCGAUAACAUCUAAUUUUAUUAUCCAUGUAAAGCAAAGAAAAAAAAUCUAGAGGAACGAGAAAAACACAAAAGGCAGUAAUAGGAGGCUAUUUUAAAGUUCGCGCGCGUAACAUCGGCAUUUGUAGUAAAUUGCACGAAGCCUACAUACAUACACCCUAAGCUAAUCAGUCGUACUCAUCUCUUGUAAUGUUAGAAGUUUUAAUUUUAUAUAUAAAAAAAGAAAAGAAAAGAAAAACUAAUUCUGAAAUAUUUAAUAGUCAUGGUUAGCAGAGUUAUAUAAAUAAUGCCUGUGAUAAUAGUAUCGUCAGGAUAAGUUGUGUCCUUAAAGAGUCUCUGAUGUUGUUGCUAGGUAAAUAUGAUUAGAAAUGUAUCAACGAGAUACCAUUGGUGCCGUCUGGAAGGUGUAUUUAUGCACAAUAACACCUAAUACAGAUAGUCAUCAAUCGUCUCUAAUGAUACAUUAAAUAUAAAAGAAGAUAUUCAAAAUAAAGAGAACAUGUUGCAAAAUUUUUGCCAGUCAUAUUAAAAAAAAAAGUCAUAGCGUAACGAAUGGAUGACCAUUAACGAGAGGGUCUUUUACCUCACAAAAUUAUUAUAUUAUGCUCACCUUAUAUAUACUUGAAUAUUUUAGUAUAGAUUUACUCUAUUUACAUAUUUUUAUCUGUGGAAGACUACUUGGCUAAUUUAGGCCACUGUUGAAAUUCACCCCUUAUUUGCCUUGAUGUUUAAAUUACAACAAUAAUAUAAAAAGAGAACGAGAAUUACUUGUUACGUAAAUGGUAAUUGUGAUAGAUUUUUUGAUGAUUUUUACAAUCUCAAAAGUCUUAUUAUCCUAAUAUGUAUAGAAUUAUAUAGUCACUCUGUACGUAAUAGAUAAACUUUGCUUACAUUGUUAAACUAAUAUUAAAAGCUCUCGUAACUAUUUCACACUAAACAGUUUUACAACUGGCAGUGUAAUCGAAGAUCGUAUGUUGAAUAUGCAAUUUCUGAUUCUGUGCAUUACUUUAGCAGAAAUACUGUUUUUAUCGCUAUACAACUUCCAAGGCCUUUCAGGUGCCACAGAUACUCCCACAUAAUUUCAAGCAGAAUUAUUUGAAUUUACGUGCUGUUAUAUCUAACCGAGUUUUUUUUAUGAUGUGUUUGCUGUGGAAUUUCAAUUGAUAAUGUUUCCGCAUUAUCAUAAUUGUAGCGUUACUACUCUUAUCUAUUAAUCAAUUAGUAUUGCCGUUGUUUUCAGUUUUCAAAAUUGCUUUCAACAUAACUUUACGAGCUAUUUUACAAUACUUGACGACGACAAUUGACGAGGAAGACAAUUGCGAGCGCUUCAAACUGCUCUACAAUUUCACGUAUGAUCUGAAUCAUAAGACACAAUACUUAUCAUUCGUAAAAUAUGUCGUGUAUCCAAAGAAAAAUUGUUGCUCUAUAUCACACACACACGUACACACACGAAUAUGUUCCUGAUUUCGGAAAAAAAGUUGCAUAUAAAAAUCGCAUAUAAUAUUAUAUACAAUAAGAAUUACUGCGUGGUUCAUGAGCAUUAACGGGACAUCUACGAUUAUAUGAAUGAUAGAACUAACAUGACACACGACAUAAACUGAAUUCUAGCCUACGGUUAAUCAUAGUCUUCCUAGAAUCCUAAAAAGAGUAUGACUUUGCUAUCGAUUAGGGCAUCGCCAAUUAACACUGUAUAGCUGGUGGUUAUAAAUGAGGAGAAGCGCAACAAAAGAUUUAUCUUGCAAAGUGCGCUGAAUUAACAACUCUACAUCAUUUUGCUAGACAUGGCUUAUGCAUUAAAAGUUCGCGAUCAUUUUUUUCAUGCCUUCAGCAUAACUUUAACUUAUAUUUAUACAAAAGAAAUGAAAAAUCCACGAUCAAAAAAGGAAAAAAAAAAAACAUUGUUACGUGUAAACAUUCUCUGCAUUAUUUUUGUAAUAAUAUUUUAUUCUCCUUACUUGCUCUUAUACAUCAUCUUAUAUAUUAUUAAUUUUAUCUUGAUGCAAGCAUUAUGUGUUCGAUUGGCUGUUUUCGACGCUAUUUUAGCGUAUACUUAUUUGGAUACAUUAGAGAUCACGGGGCCUUUGACAAAUAUUGCCAGAGGUUUCAAUGUGAGCUUGCUAUUUUGAUCUAUUACAUUUUUUUAUUUACGCAAUUCAAUGAAACAGAAAUGCUUCCAUAAAGCUUGUAUUUAUAUUAUUUAUAUUAUUUUGUUUAAUUGAUUUUAUAAAUUUCUCGAAAGUUAUAUCUUAUUUGAAAAGAUAAGAAAACAUUAUUGAUCAGAUUCUAUUAUACAAUUCAUUGCAUUUUAGUUGUGUUCUUUUCACGUUUAUUGUCUUUGCUUUAAUAUUUAUUGUUUUUUUUUGUUUCAAAUACUCAAUUCGGAAGUAGGAUGACAACAAAUUAUGUAUACAGCUUGUCAUACUACUUCAAUGAAAAAGGCAGAAAAAAACGAUUGAUACGAGUAGAUGUAUUAAGUAUUUAUGUUAAUCUUAAUUUACGAUUUAAUUGCAUUCCAAAUCGAUUAUUUUAUUUUUCACUUUAUGGAAUAGAAAAAUUAAAUUCUUUAGUGCCAAAACAGACUAAUCAGAGUAUUUAUGUAACAUGUAUAUUGCUUACAAUUUGUUUUAUUCCUUAUAAGUUUAUUUUAUCCUUUAUUUUAUUCAGUUUGUGAAUUCGCGUCGCGUGGGUAUAUCGAAGUUCUUAGAGUAAGAAGACAAAAAUUACGAUUAAAUCCUUGCUUAGUCAGUUAAAGUACAAAUAUUUAAUAUAUUCUAUCUUUAGAUGAUAAGUAAUGCGAAAGGCGUGUAAUGGCGUACAUAUUGUUACUUGGUUUCAUUCCUCAACAGCAUUAGCUUUAUUUAUUUGCAUUAGUAGGUUACUUGAUGGUAAUACUUAACAGGCUGAGAGAAAGAGAGAGAAAGAAAGAAAUGCUUUCGCCAUUGCCCUAUACACAUAUAAUAUUUAUUUUAAUAUUACAACACGUUCCUUUUGGAGGUACUUUGUUUACAUAUCAAAUUGACCACUAAACACGUUACUAAACAUACAACAGUUGCAUUCCAACUUGGUAUGCUAAAAGGUGUCAACUUAUUGAGUAGCAUACCUUCAAAUACCCAUUCGGUGAUCUCCGUGUUUCCACUUACUUUUAAGUAGUGAUGAGCGAGGCUGAUUGAGAAAUGUUUCUUACGGUAAAGUGACAUUAUCGGUGACAUUGAUAGCUUUUUUAUUCGUGAAGCUUGUUAGCAAGAGAUUAUUUAGAACUUGUUAUGAGCGAAAAAUAAGCGUCUGUUGUACAUUGAGCGAUUGCUUUACCGAAAGUUCAGCCUAGUUGUAUCACGUUUCUCUAUACAAAAUUAGUUUAGUGUUAUUUCCUUGAAUAUAUCUAACACACGUAAAGUAACAUGUACUACGUAUCUGGAAUGAACUUUUUAACAAUUUUGGCUUAUGUUGUACAUACCGAUGUUGUAGUAGUUGUUUUAAAUCGAUACUGCGGAUUACUGUGUGUAAACCAUGUUUUCCUGAAACCUCCAUUGGUAUUUUACAUAGAAUGGCUAUUUCUGGAAAAGGAAAGAUUUUAAAUGUUCCGAGACAUCACUUAUACUUCAAACCGUAAACUGUGUAAGAAUAGUACAACUGAGACGAAAAGGUAAAUUGUAAUGCAAUAUGGAAAGCGUGUAUACCAAUAUAUUUUUUAUAUGCUAAUGGGAUGCCAAGGAGCAUGGUCACCUUGUAAUGUAACGUAUUAUUUAGAAUUAUACACGUCCAGAUUGACUGUGUAUAUACGAAUCCGUUUUUCGUUUGAAAACUACUCAGCCUUUGUAUUUAAACACCCCAGUCAUCGGACUGCUUGAAUUUCAAAGUAUUUCAAUCUGUGUCCAUUUCUUAGUUUACAAGUUUUACGAUUUUUAAUCUUCCAAAGUUCGUCAAGGCUAGUCCCCGAAAUAUCUGUAAUAGAUCUAACUCUCUCCUCCCUUUUUUUUUUCUUUUUGUUUAUCGCAAAUCAGCUUUUUUUCUAUCUUGUACCUACAAAAUUUUAGUUUUGUUUUUAUAUAAAAUAUUCAAAUUUAUGGUAUUAUACGUAUACACACAUCUAUAUACACUUUUACAAAAAAAAAAGAAAAAAAAAUAUUUUAAUCUACAUACUGUAUUAUACAUAAUUAAAGAUAUGGAACAUUUGCUACUUAUAUAUUUGUCAAGUGUAUUAUAUUGAAAAUAUUUUAUUAUAGGAUGGACAAAUUUAGCCUUAAAAUAAAUGUUCUCUGUUGAUCGUACAUUGCUUCAUCAUAUCAACUCAAUUUGCCAUUACCUGUCAAUUCAUAUGUACUAUCCUAUACUAAGAUAUUCUCAAAUGAUAUAUCACUAUAUGCAGUUAUUUGAAACGUGUAGAAAUAUACAUUCUUGUCUGCGCAUAGGCUGCAAUGCAAUAAUAAUAUAUUGUGAUGCUCACAAAGCACAUAACACAUUUUACCAAAAUUGUAAUGUUUAAAUAUUUCAUGUGAUUUUGGAAACUGUUAUAUAUUUUUUAUUUCCUGCCAAUUGUUUAAUUUGUAAUGUUGUUCUUUGUUCUUUUUCAAUAAAGUAAUCAACCGAA